AUGAACACCAAGUACUUGAUCCCGCUGGCCUGCCUCAUGCUCUCGCUCGCCGUCUUGAGCGCGGCCAUCAGCCCUCGCUUCAAUGAGCGCGCCUACGAUCUUCUCCAGGACAGCGCCACCAACCGCCAGUACUUCAACAACUGGGCUAGCUAUGCGAGCCAUGAGUUCGCCUUCAGGUACGACACGUGGCGCGACAACUAUGCCUACGUCGAGCACUUCAACGCCAACGCCAAUGCCAGCUUCACCCUCGCCAUCAACGACCUCGGUGACAUGACCGAGGACGAGAUCGGCCGC